AUGGCCUGUCCAUUGUCAAAAUUGGUGGCCCUGCUGGUGCUGAUCAUCAUGGCAUCAUGUUCUCUGGCCUGCACCCUGCCUCAGACCUACAGCCAGAGGAAUGCCAGGGCCCUGCUUCUCCUGGAACAAAUGAAGAGAAUUUCCACUUUCUCCUGCCUGAAGCACAGACAGGACUUUGGAUUGGCCCAGCUGGAGUUUGAUAGCAAGCAGGUCCUGAAGGCUCAGGCCCUCUCUGUCCUCCAUGAGAUGACCAGGCAGACCUUCAACCUCUUCACAUCAGAAGAUUCAUCUGUUACCUGGGACCACAGCCUGCUGGACACCUUCUGCACUGUCCUCCAUCAACAACUGGGUGACCUGCAAGCCUGCCUGACCCAGGAGGUGGGGCUGGAAGAGCCUCUCCUGAUGCAUGAGGACUCCAGAUUGACAGUGAGGAAAUACUUCCACAGGAUCACUGUGUACCUGAAGGAGAAGAGCUACAGCCUUUGUGCCUGGGAAUUGGUCAGAGCACAAAUCGUCAGAUCCUUCUCUGCAUCAGAAAAACUGGCAAGAAAGAUGCAAGACUAAAGAAUGAGUCUGAGUUUAACACGGAAAUGGUUGUCAUCAACCUUAUCACAUUUUCACAGUUCUACCAUUUGAAGACUCGCAUUUAGGUUAGCUCCCUAACAUGCUUUAUUUGUCCAAAGUUUUCA